UAAUUUGGGUUUUUAAAAUUUGAUUCAACAGCAACAAGCAGAAAAUCUCUUUAAAAAUUAUAAUAAUUUUAAUCAUUAAAUCAAAUUUUAAGAGUUCAGAUCUUUUGAUUGAUGAAUUUUCUCUUCCUAUUUUCUCCAAGUAUAUGCAGUCCCUUGUGUAAAAAAGAAAAAAAAAAGGUGUAUGCAGCAGGCCCCGCAAAAUAAUUACAGAAGUGACAAAACGUGCAAAUUAUCCCCGUCUUACUAAACCAGCCUGACAGAAGAGAAGGGAACCCAAUAAAGCUGCUGUUUCGUCGUUCCAACUUCCAAGACACGUCCUUCUCCACCCACCAUUUAGCCCAUAUACGGCACAGUCAUCCGAACUGCUAUCUCUCGGUCUCAAUCUCAAUCUGUUGCUGUCUCUCUACUCUGCUCUGGUGAACUAUAAUGGAAUGCGAUCAUCCUUCAACUGGGAAACAUAAUGUUAAACUGGAAGAUGGAGAGGUUGUUGCUGCUAAUCAAUUGGAAGGGGAGGUCAAGUUGGCUGAUCUCAUAUGGGUAAAGAUCAGUGGAGGCUCAUGGUGGCCAGCACAGGUUGUUGAUGAUAACAACGUGAGUAACAAGAACAAGCCAAGUAAAAGAUCGGCAGAGAAGGUUCUUGUUCGGCUCUAUGGAAGCUACAAGUACUUGUAUGUGGACCCGGUAAAAUGUCAUUCUGAUUUCGACAUGAUACUCAAGCAGAACAACGGUUGUUAUAGGGAAAUACUCCUAAAAGCUCUGGAGCAGGUUUCUAGCCCAAAAUCCGACAUAUCAAAGAAGCAAGGAUCCAAGUCUAAAGAAAACGUAGCAGUUGAUCUUUCCAGGCGUAAGUCCAGUCAUAAUCACGCAAGGGAAAAUCCACAAACAGAUUCUUCAAACUUGAAUGCUGUUGCUCAGAGAACGGAAUUUUCUGUAAGGGUUUCUCCAAGAAAGCGGAAUGUCGUUAUACCACAAAGUAAGGUGGAGCAGAAGACUCUACUUGCACCAAGGGUUGGAAAUGCAAAUGGAAAAGCUUCCAAGCAAAGUGGGGCAGAAGUGGUAUCAAAGUCCAAAGAAGUGAGUGCCCGGAGAUUGAGAGUGAUGCAACAGCUUGGCCUGAUUGCGCCCUCGGGAUCUUCAUUCCACAACAAUGGACUGAUUUGAGUCUCUUACUUAAGCUGUAUGAUAACAUUGUACCAUUAAGAGACUUCAAAUUCGGCACAUGAACCAUUCGGACUCAACCUGUUUUUCCCGUUUGGGGCUGCCUGAUGCAAGCUGCUAGCUUUUGAUGUAAGAAUUGCACUGUAGAUGCAUAGGCUUAUGUUGUAAGGCCACCUGACAAAGUAAGCCUAAAUGGUCUUGGCUAGUUGGUUUUUGCUCUCAUUUUGUUUUUGGAGGGUGGUUGCAAAAUCUACUGAAUUGUGUUUAAGUUUCUUUUUUGUGCAUACCAAGUCUGAAACCAGUUGGUGAAAUUGAAGCACGGGGUUAUUGCUUCUCUCUCUA